AUGAGGAGAGAGCACGCCGCGUCCGUCAGCAACUCUGUCUAUACUGUGGGAGGUCCGGACACCUGCUACCAGCCUGCCCCACCAGACCACGCAGUCCAGGGGGAGGAGUUGAGUCUGGUGGCACUCAUUGACUCUGGCGCUGCAGGAAAUUUCACCUCGGAUGAGUUCGCUAAGGCUAAGGCCAUCCCUAUGACCAGGUGCGCCUCACCCUUGGCCGUGGAGGCGAUAGACGGGCGACCGCUUGGAAAGGGAAGAAUCCAGUUCACCACUGAAGACGUCGAGCUGCAAGUGGGCCUGUCUCAAAUUGAAACCAUUCGCUUCCUCGAGAUGACAUCUCCACAUCACCCACUGAUUUUGGGCCUGCCGUGGCUGCAGCUCCAUGACCCUGUCAUCUCCUGGAGAGAGCAUCAGAUUAUUUCCUGGGACAAAACCUGCACCCAGCAUUGCAGUCGAUCAGUAUUCCAAUCGUUCAUCAAUGAGGUGUUCCGGGACAUGGUGGAUCGCUGGGUGAUCGUGCAUAUUGACGACAUCCUCAUUCAUUCUGAAACAUUGGAAGAACACAUACAGCAUGUACGAAUGGUACUUAAGCGGCUAAUCCAACAUCGCCUGUAUGCUAAAGCAGAGAAGUGCCAGAGUUCAUCCCAGUUUUAUGCUGCACAAGGAGAAGACGCGAUGAUUCACGAGGAGGAGAAUUUGAAGCUGAUCAACCAAGCAGUGGAAGACUCACAUGCGGUGAAUGAGGUAAAGAAUCAGUUGAAAGCUCUCAUGGAAACCCCCGAGGCACGGGGAGAACAUGCAAACUCCGCACACACAAGGCGGAGGCGGGAAUCGAACCCCGACCCUGGAGGUGUGAGGCGAACGUGCUACCCACUAAGCCACCGUGCCCCCCAGAUUAAGGAGUUACUUCAGCUAAAUAUCAUUAAACCUUCUACGUCUCCGUGGGCUUCACCAGUGGUGGUCGUAGAUAAAAAAGAUGGAGGAUCCCGGUUAUGCGUUGAUUACCGUGGUCUUAAUGCAAAAACCCACCUCGACGCAUAUCCAAUGCCUCAGAUCACAGAUAUUCUCGAUUCUCUCCAAGGAGCCAAGGUGUUCAGCACAUUGGACUUAAAGAGUGGAUACUGGCAAGUUGAAAUGGAUCCUGCAAGUAUGGAAAAGACCGCCUUCAUUACUGCUUCAGAGCUAUAUGAAUUCUUUUGCCUUCCAUUUGGCCUGAAAAACGCUGCAGCAUCUUUCCAACGACUAAUGGAACAAGUUCUCAGAGAGCAUAAGAACAAAUGUUGCAUGGUCUAUAUCGAUGAUAUUAUUGUCUACUCUCCUGACAUCCAAACGCACCUGCACCAUCUUAAACAAGUGUUUUGUAGUCUGCACAAGGCCGGACUCACUCUGAACCUCAAGAAGUGUAAGUUUAUCUGUUUUUCACUUGACUACUUAGGCCAUACCAUCACAGCAGAUGGAGUCAAGGUGAAUUCAGACAAAGUGGAACAUACAAAUCAGAACAUACCCAACUCCCAAGUCCUUAAAAGAAGUACAGAGAUUUCUUGGUCUGGCAGCUUGGUACCAUCGGUUUAUUCCUGUUUUCUCCACUAAAGCAGCACCUUUACACGCAUUGAAGAGGAAAGGAGUGAAGUGGAAGUGGACGGACAAGUGUCAACGUUCAUUUGACCUCAUCAAAGAUGAACUCACUAGAGCACCUGUUUUAGUUACACCUAACUUUGAUGUUUUUUUUAAAGUACAGACCGAUGCAAGUGAUGUGGGUUUGGGAGCUGUUUUGACUCAGGAAGUGGAUAGACAAGAGAGAGUUGUUGCCUAUGCCUCCCGUUUGCUCAAAGGUGCUGAGAAAUCCUAUUCGACAUCAGAGAAGGAAUGUCUAGCAGUAGUAUGGGCUGUAGAAAAGUGGCAUCAUUACUUAGAAGGCAGAGCUUUCGAGGUGAUCACUGAUCAUGCAUCCUUAGUCUGGCUUUUCCAACAUCCAAAACCCUCAUCCAGACUGGAAAGAUGGACGAUAAGACUACAAGGAUACCACUUUUCUGUACGGUAUCGAAACGGACAAUGUAAUGUUGUGCCAGAUGCGUUAUCCAGGAGAGAUGAAGCUGAAUCACCGGCUGUGGUGUUGCACACUCCAGCAAAGCGUGGUUUUAAUGCUGUCAUUUGUGAUCUGCCAUUGGGUUUGUCAGAAAUCGCUGAUGAACAAAAAAAUGACACAGAGUGCCAAGAGAUCAUAGUUGAAGCCAAGACCCAAAAAACCACAGAUCUUAAGAGAACGCACUAUGUUUUUAAAAAUGAAGUGUUAUUUAGGAGCCUUCCAGACUCUAAAGAAGGCCAAAGGCUUCAAAUUGUAGUCCCUGCAAAACUGAAGGAAGUAAUGUUAACUUAUGCACAUGACAGCCCCCUGAGUGGUCACUUGGGUAAAUUCAAAACUCUAAUGCGACUUUUAGAAUUUGCUUAUUGGCCAUCGAUACGUACUGAUGUAUGGCAGCAAUGCAAAAACUGUAAGAAAUGUCAACAGCAUAAGCCCACUAACUUAAAACCUGCAGGUGGUCUACAAAGUGUGCCCAUAGUUGAGCCUGGAUAUAUGCUGGGCAUGGACAUCAUGGGACCAUUUCCACGGAGCACCCGGCAGAAUGAGUAUCUUCUGGUUAUAGACGACUAUUUCACAAAAUGGGUAGAGGUUUUCCCCAUGAGAGCUGCUAAGGCUACAAUCAUUGUACGAAUUCUUAUAGAGGAGAUUUUCACAAGAUGGGGAACACCAGCCUUCAUCGUGUCCGAUAGAGGUACACAAUUUACCUCAAACCUCUUGGACCAAGUAUGUAAGCAGUGGCAAGUAACACAAAAACUCACCACCGCAUACCACCCUCAGUCAAACCUCACUGAACGGGUCAUUCGAAAUUUGAAGACUAUGAUUGCCAUGUACGUCGAACAAAACCACCGUACCUGGGAUCAGUGGAUAUGUGAAUUCAGAUUUGCACUAAAUACCGCAUGGCACGAAAGUACUGGGUACACACCUGCUGAGAUUGCACUAGGACGACAAUUGAAAGGUCCGCUGCAGAGAGCUUUACAGAAUCCACCAGAUCCUGACCAACCAGCCUAUAGUAUUCUAGAACGCCGAAAAUCCCUAUAUGAGUCAGUAAGAGAGAACGUAGAGAAGGCACAAACUAAACAAAGAAAAUACUACAACCUUAAGAGAAGAGCUCAAAACUUCAUUGAGGGUGAUUUAGUUUGGGUGCGUACACACCCCCUCUCGUGUGCAGAUGAUGCUUUUAUGGCUAAGAUUUCACCAAAAUGGAAAGGCCCAGCUAAAAUUGUAAAACAAAAAACUAGGUCCUGUAAAUUACAAGGUUGCCAUGUUAUCUGAUCCUACUCAGGUAGACUCGUAUCAUACCCAGAAUUUAAAAAUUUGCCAUGGGUCAAAUUUUAGUCCAUGGGGAGGGGUAUGUAACAGACAAGGUGUUACCGGUUUCUUUUGUGUUUUGUUCCUUUUAUGUUUGUUGAUUUCUUAGGGGUAGCUGCAAGCAGGGUUGUAGUACCUCUGGGAGCAGCUUGGGGGCACUAGUGCCGGGAGGUAACCAGCAUAUAAGCUGACCUACCAUAGAAGCAAAUUUGUUGGUAGAGGGAAGCCUCAUGGUUUCCAAUCAAGCUACCUUGUUACCUUUGUUGUUAAGUCCUAAUUGAGAACUCUGAGUUUCUGCUCAAUUGUAAGUAUGGAUUACCAUGUAUUCCUCCUGGUUUGUUGUUAAAAAGAUACUAAUGUUAGUUGUUUGUUUUCUUUCUAGAAAGGACUUUUGAUUAUUUUUGCUUGUUUUGGGUCACAAAUGUCUCUUUCACUACAGAUCAGGGGAUUAAAAACAUUGCAUCGCACUCAAAUAACCGUUUGGAUUUCAAGCUCAUCUCAGCCCACAAACAUUAUCACUUAUCAGAAAAACUGAAUACAGACUCAUUGACUUGGAGGGAAAAGGAAGAAGGGGCCAACGCUUGCUUUUGGGUUUGUUCAUUGUCUGGGGGCGCAGGGUGUGGGCACUUGCAGAUUUAAAAAUAAAACGAUUGUAAAAGUUCAA